AUUAUUGUACAAUAUUUAAGUUCAUAUUCAAUUAUUUAAUUUUAUUUUUCUUUUCACUAAAUACCCAAUAAAUAAAUAAAAAAAAAGAUCUCAUUAUUAAAAAAAAUAUAUAUAUCAUAUAAUGUACGAAUUAUCUACACCAGGUUUUGACUUUACUAUUUGUUUAUCACUCAUUGGAGUUGGUGGUUUAAUUGCCUUAAUUGUUAUCCAAUUAUUACUUUUAACUGAUUUAGAAGGAAAUGAUAUCAACUCAAUCGAAUUCUCAAGAAGAAUUAAUAAAUUAAUUUUACCAGAAUAUAUUAUUCAAGCUGUUUUUUCAGUUUGGUUUCUUUUAACCAUUAGAUGGUUUUUAUUCAUUUUAAAUUUACCAGUUUUAGUUUAUCACUAUUUAAGAUAUUCAAAAGGUCUUCAUAAAGUUGACCCAACUAAAGUUUAUCAAAUGACAAGCAAAUUAGGUAAUCAUUUAAUGCUCAAAUUAGUUUUCUAUAUGGUUAUGUUUUUCGUUUACCUCUUUGUUUUAUUAUUUAAUCUUUUCAGCGAAUAAAAGAAUUAAAAGAAACUAUUUAAAAAACAAAU